GUUGGCAACCCAUAGAAAACGCGGAGGAACCAACUCGCUGGGUUCCACUCUGCAAGGAGAAGCGGUCCCUUCCCAAAUGGCAACCACGGCGGACGACGAGUGGGAUCCCGCACUCCACGGAUGCCACCACAACAUCAACAACAAUAACAACAACAAUAACAAAGACAACGAAGCGGGGGAGACCGCGACCUCCUCUCCGACCAGCUCCACUGAAUCCGGUGGGAAGACGUCGCAUAGCGUCGGUAACGGUUCGGCGGUCAUCAACCCCGGGGGAGGAAAUAAUGGGAAGUGGGUUCGGCUGAACGUCGGUGGCACCGUGUUCCUGACGACGAGGCAGACGCUACUCAAAGAACAAACUUCGUUCCUGUACCGAUUGUGCCAACAGCAAGACCUGCACUCGGACACGGAUGAGACAGGAGCCUACGUGAUUGACAGAGACCCCACCUACUUCGGACCCAUCCUCAACUACCUGCGACACGGCAAAUUGGUCUACAACAAGGAACUAGCUGAAGAAGGAGUCCUGGAGGAGGCUGAGUUCUAUAACAUCACUCCUCUUAUAAAACUCAUCAAAGAUCGCAUCAUAGAGAGGGACACCAAGUCCACGCAGCAGGUUCCCCCUAAGCAUGUGUAUCGAGUGUUACAGUGCCAGGAGGAGGAGCUGACCCAGAUGGUCUCCACAAUGUCCGACGGCUGGAAGUUUGAGCAGGUCAGCGUGCGCGCCUGCAGAAAGCCCCGCACUGGACUACUCUGGACUAUGGUGAACAUCGGCUCGUCGUACAGCUACGGAACAGAAGAUCAGGCCGAGUUUCUGUGCGUCGUUUCCAAGGAGCUUCACACGCCUGGGUCUGGACUGGGUACAGAGCAAAGCCACAAAACAAAGCCGACGGAGCCGCAGGAGGAGGAAGCAGCGAAGGAGGAGGAAGAAGAGGGAGGGAGAGAAACCACACCGAAUGAGUGGCUUAGAGAAUGAGGGAGUCAUGUUCCUUUGUUCUAAAGCCAGUCUGGGGAAAGGCUUUUCCAGAUCCACGGCUCCCGGAUGUAGACGUAACGAGAGCCCUAAAUUAUUUAUUUAGGCUCAUAACAACAUCCUGUAUAUGGAAUGUGUGGUUGCUGGAAAUAGAUUUGUAGCAUUUUUAUUGACCAACUUAAGAAGAUGAAGUGAAACAAGACAUUUUUAGUUCAGUACAGCAAUAUUCUCAAAAGUAUAUUCCAAGGACCUUGCAAAUAGGUUUUGUGGUGCAAACAAGGUUAGCGAAGCUUAGUACAUGUAUGACCAAAGAUUUUGGCAAACCUGAAUUACAAUACGAUAUAUUGAAUUCCCAUCGAAGCAGUUAUAGUUACGAACAAAAUGAUCGUUAUUAUUGCAUCAUGUAGGAUGGAAUGCAAAACAGUAAAUGAGAAGUAUUACAAAAUUUGUUUAGAAACGUUUCAUGGAGUCGCACCUUAUGUUACGUUUUUUUGUAAUGCAUGUUCUGAAAACGAUAAGAUCCUUAUAAUGACACUUGUAGCGGGAUUAGCGGGAUUAAUGUUAGCAUAAAAUGUUUAGCCGACGAUAAUCACGUCGGUGGUAUAGACGACGAUUUUUGUUCGGUGACUUUACCUAUUUUUUUAACAUUCAGUGCCUUGUUCAAACGGCAAAAAACUGACAUGUCAAAAUGGUCAUGGAUGUUUUUAUAUGCAUUUUAGAAUUCACUUCACGCGUACAUUACAAUCUCUUGUCGAGUUUUGUUUUGAUUGCAAGAGAGUCGUUUUUUUUUUUUUAUAUUCUUUUGUAUAUUUGACUUAUUUAUUAUCAAGCUUUCUUUGGAAUGUCUCUCCCCUUAAAAAAAAAAAAAAAAAUCAGGGUUUUGUUUGACUUUUUUUUUCUAUACUCAAUAGUUGUCAUGUUGGACUGAUUCAAUAAUCUUGACCCGCACAAAAAUAUGACACAAAAUAUGCUGGUGUGUUUGGAACAACACAGCCACGUGUUAAAUUUUAGUUCCUUUCAACCUUUUCUGUUUGCAUGGCGAGAGUGCUUUGCGACAACCUCACAAUUUAUACACCAUACAUUAAAUGCUUCCUGCUGUAUUUGAUGUGUAUAACCUAUAAAGGGCAAAUUAUUAUUUCUGUACAUUAACAAAAGUGGAAUUUAAGAAAUGUGGAUUUAGUUGAGUAUGCUGCCUCAAUGUACUUAAAGGGGAAUUUUUUUUUUUAGGCUACCACUUGUCAAAAUAUGAAUAAGAUUGCGAAUGUCUUUAACAUAAAGAAUAAAGUGGCACGCUAACUUUUCGGGACUUUGGAAGCAUUCUGAAAAAAAAGAAAUGUAUUUUAUGUACAUGAAUGACUCUACU